AUUAUUAAGGGGGGAACCAACAGAUAUAGAAUCACGAGAUUAAAUGGUUUAACUGAAAUCAAAUUACAUAGUGAUAAUAUAUAACUUUUUGUGUGUUUUUUCUGAUCAAAAAGACGGGGAUACUUUCUUUCUUUUCUCCUAUACAAAAAUUAAGUGCAUGUUAUCAGUGCGUAAAUAAAUAUUUAUUUCAUCUUGAUUAUUGUAGCAGCAACAUUGUAGCAGCAACUUGAAGCGUAAAAGUUAUGAAAACCCAAUAAAAUAUAAGUUAAAUAUACGGUAACUAAUAUGCCGUCUUCUCUGUGAAGGAGCUAUGAAUAAAUAUCUCUAAGGUGGCCAUACACGAGCAGAUUAAAGCUGCCGAUAUCCUUUAGACAAAUUCAGCAUCUUAUCUGCCCUUGUGUUGGGGCUUCCGAUGGGUCUCCCUGAUCGAGGUCGAAAAUCGACCUGAUAUCGUUCGGGCAGGUUUGAUUUUUCCUGUGAUCGAGGACUGCUUCGGCUAGUUGAUGCGGUCCUACGACCCGUCGGCGCCUAUUCUCUACAUUGUAAUCCGAUCGUUCUGCUCUAGGGCCGAACGUUCGGAUUAACCUGAUAUAGCUCUGUAUUUGGGAAAAAGUUAACAGAGAAAGAUCUGCUCAUUUGGCGACCUUACCAAACGAGCGGAUCUUAUCAUGUAUGGUCGCCUUUAGGGAUGGGCAUAUCAUUUAGGUUUGGUCUGGAGCAUCACAUGGUCGGAAACAAUCACAGCGCGACUAAAUAAAGCCCUGGACUCUAAAUCUUUUCCUAACAGAUGAUUUGGAUAUUCUGAAGAGAGGAGAACACUGGGCACAUCAGGGCACCACUGAGGCAAGUACUUCCUUGGAACGGAGUAAAUGUUAUAUAUAGAGACUUGCUCCUACUAUGAUUACAGCAUUGUAAGAUGAAGGAAACAUGGUAGAGGGAUCUCUUGGGUUAGGAGUGAUCUUGGAAUUCUUGUGUUUACAUGAGAAAGAGCUGAAUUCCUUGUCUCCAUUUACUGACAAACUCACAAUAGAUGGGUCAAUAUCUAAUAGGCAUUUUAUUCAAGGCAUGCAUUUACUAUUUUCUUCAACACAAUCAUUGGACCUCCUGCUUAUCAUAUGAAUCUAGUGGCAUUGUCUGCCUGUAUGUCUGGUAACACACAUAUAUAUAUAUGAAGCAGUUAUAUGGGAGUGAAGUGAUCACAGACCUUCUCGUCUAUGUCCUAUAACAUUGCUUCUGCAUUUUCUCAUAAGGCUGACCAUGUUAAUUACUGGGCUGAUAUGGGUUAAGCAGGAGAGGUUUCCAUCGUGUGUUACUCCUCCUACACGAAUAGCAAUGACAGUUUGGGAGAAAACAUUGGGUGUGGUGAGUGAGACCAGCGCCAUCUUGGCCAUGCUUUCUGAAUGAUCAACUUCAAUGUCUUCGUCAAAAUGUUUCACCGACACAUUAAGUAAAAUAUUAGUCAUUUCUUUCUUAUGCUUCUCAUCCCUCAGAAAUCAUUUUCUGCUCACCCAGACUUUCUGCCUUCCUUCCCUUCCUCCAUUAAUUGUCUGCAACUGCCACUUUAAGUCUGUACAGCAAAUCUGCCCCAAUCUACAGAAAACGUAGUGAGAUAUUCAGUCGCACCAUUAUCCUCUCUUGCCUGAGAACUGGGGUUUUCCGAAUAAUGGAUCUAUGUAAUUUAGACCUUCAUACAUGGGGGGGGUUAUUUAUGGAAAUCCGAAAAUAUCUGAGAAUUUUCUGAAAACGACUCAAAGCAAAUCUGCACUGAUUUUCUUCCCCUUAUUUAUCAAUACAUUUUCCCAAACAUUUCUUGUUCGGGAAAAAAAAUCCUAAUACAGCAAUUUUUUUGGGCUUUGUCGCCGAAAACUGCAACUUUUUUCAGGUUUGAUACCCAAAAACCAAGGAAUUUUCGGAUUAUUGCAGAAACCCAGUGCAAAACAGGAUAUCCUCUCCCACUGACUUCUACAUGAACUCAACAGGUCCGGCCACAAACACAUGAAUCUAAACAUGGUUCUCACACUGCAUAAUCCACUCACAAUAUCCGAGCAGGAUCUGCUACAUUAGUUAAUACUACAAUAUCCUAUGGGAAGCUGUUACAGAGCGCUGUGGCUGAAUGAUAUUCCAGCAGAAUGGUGCGCUAUCCAGUACAGGAAGAAGGAAAUAUCAUCAAUAAGAUGACAAAGACAAGAGAGACGGUCAACCCAUCUUCAGGUCUCAAAGGCCUCACCCACUCACAGCCCACAACACCUAAGAAGGCAAAGGGUUACAGAGAGGAGAAUAAUGAGACUUCCUACAUGAUCCAAUCGGAUACUUCUAAGCAAUCAUUAUGGCACCAGAAACGAAAUCCAUUGGGAACUAAGUUGAGGAGGGGUAGGAAGAGAGCUCACAGCAUUUUAAGAGGUCAUGCUUUAUUUUGCUUUUGCAUCUGUAUGACUCUAAUUUGUGUUACAAAUGGACAAUCUGAAGAGGAAUCUCCUGGGACAUGUAGCUCUCGGGUCCCCAUUUCAGAUUCACCAUUGGUCAUUAGAAGUGUCUCCAUUGGUGAGUCCUAUGUAGUCAACAAACCAGAAACCUGCCCUGAAUCAGCAUCCUUCUUCCAAGACUUCAAAAUCUGCUAUUUAAACAAGACCUGUGUGAAAAUCAGCGGCCCUGUUGGACAUGAUGGGACCUGCCCAACGCUCUAUCUUGAAUGUGAUGAACAACAGAAAAGCCCAGCAAUUGUUGUUCCGCUGAUGCCUGUGGAGAGAAAAAAGAAUGAAAGUCUUCUGAAGAACACCACACAGAACACCACAAUGGCCAAGGCUGAAACCCCAGAAAAAAUGACAACAAUCUACAUCACUAUUGGAGUCAUGGCUUUUGUUGUAGUGGCUUUUGUCCUUGCAGUAGGUUUUAUUGUCUACAGAAACCGUAACAGGAGGAGACCAAACACUGCAGAUUAUAUUCAAAACAGAAGAUUGGAAACUGAGGAUUCAGAUGAACAGAUUCCGAUGACUAACCUUUCUAAUAACAACGAAGCAGGAAGGAAUGGACACCGUACAGCAAGUUCUAAUGGAGAUCUACAUGUGUAGGUCCACGUGUGACCGUGGAGGCCACCGCUGAGCCGGGUGGAACUGUUGUUCAGCAAUAAUUAUUUAAGGAGAUUUUGGAAAUUGAAAUUGCUACUUGUGCAAAGUUUAGCUUUCCAAAACACAUCCUGUAGGUACAUACAUAUUAAACAAGGAGAAAUUCAUUUUAAGGGCAUUUUAAAGGAAAACUAUACCCCCCAAACAAUGUAGGUCUCCAUUAAAAGAUACUGCGUAAAACAGCUCAUGUGUAAAACCCUGCUUCAUGUAAAUGAAC